AUGAACGUCCUUACAAGCAUGCUCUCCCCGCUGGGCAUGGGCUCCGGCACCGUCCAGGACACUCUCAAACUUGUAGUCAUUGGCGGAACGAUGGAGACUGCCCGCCGAGCCUCUGUCUCAGCGUGGAAUGGGUUUGUGGACUCUUUCUUCCUGACCGCCCAUUUCUCUGAAGAGGACUACCCUUAUGACUGGCUGAUGCAUUGGUUGUCGAAGCAGCCAGCUUGGGGUCGGAGUCGCGAAUUCGAGAUUACGACUCGUUCAGCGGGACGGGGAAUGAACACUUCGACCACUGCUGAUUUACAAGAAGAGGAAGAGGACGAAAGUGACGCCUUGGAGCACGGCAGAAAACGCCGACUUGUGGCAUUCAUGCCGUCUUUGGACACCACCCACACUAUCUACUACCGUGGCCACUGGCUUAGGAUUACGCGAACCAAGCGGUAUCCGGAUUACGGAGGAGCCUCUCUCAAGAUCAGUGUCGUGGCUCGCAACAAUGACAUCCUCAAGAAACUUGUCUUGGAGGCCCGAAGGGAUUAUGAAAAGGACGCCGAGCAUCGAGUUCACAUCUUCCUUGCUGACCCCACUUAUGGCUGUUGGAGAUGGAAUGGUGCUCGUCAGAAGCGGCCAAUGAGCUCUAUUGUUCUCCAACCUGGGGUAAAAGAGAUGUUGUUGGCUGACUGUAAAGAUUUCUUGUGUUCAGAGGAGUGGUAUGCUGAACGCGGAAUUCCCUACCGUCGCGGGCUUCUUUUGCAUGGAGUUCCUGGAAGCGGCAAGACCUCUCUCAUCCACUCGUUGGCAGGUGAGCUGGGUCUAGAUAUCUACGUCGUAUCGCUUUCUGCCAAGGGAAUGAGCGACAACACUCUGACCACCUUGAUGGGUAACGUUCCCUCGAGGUGUAUUGUCCUCCUAGAGGACCUUGACGCUGCCUUUACGCGCUCUGUCAGUCGUGAUGCCAACUCAACGGGCACCCCAACUUCCACCACAACCAGUACAUCGAGCACUGCGAAGGAUAAAGAGGCUGAGUCUGACGGAUCUACUCUUAGUUUGAGUGGCCUUUUGAACAGUCUAGACGGUGUUGCCGCUGCUGAAGGCCGUCUUCUCUUCGCCACAACGAACCAUAUUGAGCGCCUCGACCCGGCCCUUAGUCGGCCCGGUCGUAUGGAUGUCUGGGUGAACUUUACCAAUGCCACGAAGUGGCAGGCCGAGGGAAUCUUCAAAUGCUUCUUCCCUUCCGCCAGCGUCACCGCCUCUGAUGAGAAAGCCGAUCAACAGCCUUCCGUUGAUAUUUCACAGAAGAAUCUUCCACUUCCUCGCAGAAAACGUGCUCAACAUGCCAUUCCAUUGCUGAGUGAAACUGAGAUCGAUGAGCUCGCCAAGCGCUUCGCCGAGGCUAUUCCUGAAGAUGAGCUAAGUGUUGCUGCCUUGCAAGGUUAUCUUCUUAAGAACAAGACUCGUCCACGUGAGUGCGUCGAUGAAGUCGGCGUGUGGAUCAUCCAAGAACGCGAAACCCGGGAGAAACUGAAGAAAGAAAAAGCCGAGCGCGAAGCCAAGGAAAAGCUCGAGGCGGAAGAGAAGGAAAAGAAGGAGAAGGAAGAGAAGGCAGUGAAAGAGAAAGAGCAACAAGAGCUUAAAGCGAAACUUGAAGCUGAAGAGGCUCUUCUCAAAUUGAGAACAGCUGCUGUGGCUGUCGUGCCCGCUGCAUCCACUGCAUCUGUCACCACUGAACCCCCUGCAGUCACAUCCCCUUCCACUGACUCCACCGCAGAGCCAGUUGUCGUAGCCCCUGUUGUUGGGACUUCACCCUCACCAGCUCCGGCAAUGAGCAGAACCGAGUCGACUGACUCUUCAGGAUCAACCUCCAGCUCAGACUCGGAAACGACGUCUGGUGCUGAGGCGGACACUGAGUCAGUCACUUCCGAGGAAGAGCCUGAUGCGAAUACGGCCGAUGUCUCCUCCAACACCAAGGAGAAAUGGGUGGCCGUCAAGCCACAAAGCGUUGCUGUGUCUGACGCAACACCAGAGCCAUCACCGUCUGAGACCACCAUCGAAGCAUCGUAA